CUAUCUCACAAAGCAUUCUAUCAUUACAUAGUCAUUACUUCAUUACAUUGGUCACUACUAAUCACUUGCUGCAUUUUCUUUCCUACUCUUCACCCUUGAGAAUUUGUCAUUUGGACAUGGAACUUAGUUUUAAGCACCAACUUGGCCUUGCUUGUGUUGUACUUCUUUUACCUGCAUUGUGUAGCUCACAGGACUCUUUUACUGACUCCAGAGCAACAUAUUAUGGUAGCCCUGAUUGCUAUGGGAAUCCAAGGGGAGCUUGUGGCUUUGGCGAAUAUGGAAGGACUGUGAAUGAUGGAAGUGUGGCAGGAGUGUCUAGGCUAUGGAGGAAUGGAAGUGGUUGUGGUGCAUGCUAUCAGGCAAGGUGCAAAAUACCACAAUACUGUGAUGAAAAUGGAGCAUAUGUGGUGGUAACAGACUAUGGUGAAGGAGACAGAACAGACUUCAUAAUGAGUCCACGCGCCUACUCGAGAUUGGGACGCAACGCGGAUGCAUCUGCAGAGUUGUUCAAAUACGGUGUAGUGGAUAUUGAAUACAGAAGGGUCCCCUGCAGUUACACUGGUUAUAACGUGGUGUUUAAGGUUCAUGAACACAGCAGAAACCCUGACUACUUUGCUGUUGUGGUUCUCUAUGUUGAUGGAACAUACGAUGUCACUGCUGUUGAGUUGUUUCAGCAAGAUUGCCAAGAAUGGAAGCCAAUGCGCAGGGCAUUUGGGGCAAUGUUUGACUAUAGCAACCCACCAAACGGUGAGAUCUACUUGAGGUUCCAAGUGAGUGGCAGUGCAGGGCUUUAUUGGGUACAGUCCAAGAAUGCUAUCUCUGGUGAUUGGAAGGCCGGAGCAACAUAUGACACCAAUGUUCAGCUUAAUUAGGAAGGAAAGAAGCACUUUGAGAUCCCUUGAACGGAUUAGAAAUAGAUAGGCACUAGUAUUCAAUUUGUUUCUGUUUAGUUUCACUCUAAGAAUGUUUGUGUGUAGUGUGUACUGUUGUGUGUCUCUUUUGUUGAAGACUAAAAUAAUGGGGAUUCAUGUACUUCCAUCUUAGAUUACAUGAAUUUGAAUAAAAUAAACAUGGUACCCUUUUCCUACAUUGGUAUAACAGUAAAGGCAAGUUUCCAUCUUGAUCAA